AUGGCUUCAUCCUGCAUUCUCCAAUCUGAAGAGCAGUUCCUGUGCUCUAUAUGUCUGGAUGUGUUCACUGAGCCAGUCACCACUUCAUGUGGACACAACUUCUGCAUUGCCUGUAUCACAAAGUACUGGAAAAGCAUGGACCUGUGUCGAUGUCCACUGUGUAAUGAGAAAUUCUCCAGACGACCUAAGCUUCGUGUCAACACAACUUUCAGAGAGGUUGUAGAGAAUUUUAAAAAGAUGAGAAACAGAGGUAAAGAUGAGUCCCCUGCCAAACGUAUAAAAGUGUCCUGUGAUGUCUGCACUGGGACGAAGCGCAAGGCCCUGAAGUCCUGCCUGGUGUGUCUGGCUUCCUACUGUGAGACUCACCUGGAUCCUCAUCAGAUAGCCCCACCCUUAAAGAGACACAAACUGAUCGACCCUGUGAAGAACCUGGAAGACCGGAUGUGUAAGAAGCAUGGAAGACUCCUGGAGCUGUUCUGUAGGACUGACCAGACAUGUGUGUGUCAGUUCUGCACUGAGGGAGACCACAAGACUCAUGACACUGUCCCUAUAGAGGAAGAGUGUGUAGAGAGGAAGGUUCAGCUGGGGAAAACUGAGGCAGAAGUGCAGCUGAUUAUCCAGGAGAGACUGAAGAAGGUUAAAGAGAUCAGACUCUCAGUAGAUCUCAGCAAGAGAGAUGCAGAGAGGGAGACAGCAAAGAGCGUGCAGGUCUUCACUGCUCUGGUGCGCUCCGUUAAGAAAAGCCAGGUUGAGCUUGUUCAGGUAAUUAAGGAGAAGCAGAAAGCAGUAGAGAGGCAGGCUGAAGGGUUCAUUAAAGAACUGGAGCAGGAAAUCACUGAGCUAAAGAGGAGAAGAACUGAUCUGAAGCAGCUCCCACACACUGAGGACCACCUCCGACUUCUCCAGAACUACCCAUCCCUAAUGUACAAACCUCCACCCACCAAGGUCUGGUCUGAGAUCAGUGUUCACAGAGAUCUGUGUGUGGGGACUGUGAGGAGCGCUGUGUCUCACCUGGAGGAUAUACUGAAUAAAGAGAUGGAGAAGCUGCCUGAAGUCAAACUGAAGAGAAAUCAGCAGUAUGCAGUGGAUGUGACUCUGGACCCUGAUACAGCAAACCCUUGGCUCAUCCUGUCUGAGGAUGGGAAACAAGUAAAACAUGGAGACACACCACAGAAUCUUCUAGACAAUCCAAAAAAGUUUGAUUGUGAUCCGUUUGUCCUUGGAAAGGAUGGCUUCUCCUCAGGAAGAUUUUACUAUGAGGUGACGGUUAAGGGUAAGGCUAGAUGGAAUUUAGGAGUGGCCAGAGAGUCCACUGACAGGAAGGGGAUUAUCACACUGAGACCUGAGGAUGGACUCUGGACUGUGUCCCGAAGGGAUGAGAAUGUGUACCUUAACUGUACCUCACCCCCUGUCGUCCUCUCCCUGAGAAAGAAGCCCCGGAAGGUGGGUGUCUUUGUGGACUAUGGGGAGGGUCUCGUCUCCUUUUAUGAUGUGGAGGCCAAAUCUCAUAUCUACUCUUUCACUGGCUGCACCUUUACAGAGAAACUCUUUCCAUACUUUGGCCCUUCUGAUAAUGAUGAUGGUCAAAACUCAGCCCCUCUCAUCAUUGCUCCUGUCAAUCAUACAUACUGAUUAAACAAUGCAGUGCGAACAGUUAAUUAACUAAUUACAUUUACAUAUCAUUAAAUAUAUUUAGUCAGUUGACAUGAAAUGUGAAUAAAAUUUCCAUGGAUAUCCUCUGAAAUCUCAUAAUGAAAUUAAAAUUGAAACUUCUUUACUCUUUAGGGACAGAUUAAAUAUUACUAGGGGAGGGGUGCCACAACAUAGGGGAGGGUUGUCAAACCUUUUUUAUUUCUUUGGGUAGGGCACAGGUGAGGGUAGUGCGUUUUUUCCAUGGUUUACAUUCGCCAUUCUUCUCAUAUUUUCUCUGUAAACAUUGGCUUGACUUACUUUUGAUAUUACCCUAAUUAAGUUUAGAAACAUUUGGGAAAGGUUUGGUAUGGUGUGGCUAUUAAGCUUUAGCUACUGCAGGCCUAUGAUAUGAAGGCAGUGCACCCCUGUCACGUUGUAAAAAUGAUUGGAGACAGGCGCAGGAAUACAUGACACCUCAAGCCAUUGUAAAUCUUAAGGCAGCAGACAAAUCCUUUGUCCUGUCAGUGGAGGAUUGGAAUGUAUGGUUGGCCUAUGGAGAACCUACCGCAGAGCUGUAACAUGGAAUAAAUGGACUUUGGUACAUAUUUUAUCAGCUGAAAUGAUGGUAACAAUGCUAGAUGACAUAUGAAAAUGAAUGUUGUUUUUGUUAUGUUAUUAAAAGUUAAAUGACGACAUUAUAACGGAAAGAUUGUAACUUGACAGGUUUUCAUAAUAUGUACGUGAUGUUUACAAACUGUGCGCUGUGUAGAAAAUAUCCAGAUCAAAGAGAAUAUUUUUGUAACAAUUAACUAUUAUUUAAUUGUCUAACGAGACCAUAGUACAUUGUGAUACCUUGCCUCGUAACUAGAUACGCCCCAGAGAACUUGCCAUAUAGACCGAAAUGCCCCUUUGUGACCCGGGGGUAUAAGAAUGUACAUACCACAAUAAAACGGACCACAGCUGCAGCGUGAUCUAAGAUAGUCACAACCCCACAAACUCAAUAUGAGGAAGAGGACAAAGGAACCUCUUAACAAUCAAGGCUACGGUUGCUUACUGUAUCUAAGAAAGGGGAAUUCAAGAAGAACCAGCUAGUUAUUCUCUUCAAAUCCUCGGUUGUCUACACGGCCCUCCUACCAAAGCUGGGAGCGUCGACACGGUUGAUUAUCCUCCGAAUAAGACUACUCUCACAGAACGAGUGCAAGGAAACAGACAACCAACAGAAAGGACAUUGUGACAUCGUGUGGACAAUCAGAGACUUACACCCGGUAACGAAGGAGACAGCCAUCAGAUGAAAAGGGCUUCGGCCAUCCUAUCCCAAUAAGCGGAACUCGGUCCACGUAAAUAUACCCAAAAGAGACUUUCAACAAGUAAAUACAUUCAUUAUAAUUCUGACCCAUAAGAGCGGUAGUUCGGGGCAAGGUGUUAGGGCUAAACUAA